AGGUUGUGAGCCCCCCCCCCCCUUUCACACAGACACAUUAUUUGCAGUUGGUGGGUGGGGAUGCAGCCUAAGUAGUUGGCAGGAACUUAUUUCACUGCUCAACAUGUUUAAGUGGGGUUGGGAGGUAAAGGUGGUGCUGCCCCCUGCAGGUGCUAAAGCCAUGCCUGAUGCUGGCAGACACUAUGAGGUUUGGAGGGGGGCUCUCCAGGGUGGGUAGACAGCAGAAGGUCUCUUGCUACUGGUGGGUGAGGGUGCAGCCUCCCACUUAUGGAACUGGAGCGUUUCUUGCUGGUGGAGCUGUAGCCCCACGAAUUAAUGAACUCUCUGUGUUACUGAGUCUCUAGCACUGAUCAACAUGUUGGCAGAAGGCAUCCUAACUGGAAUCAUAUACAAAGAAAGAAAACAGAACACAGAUAAACCCCACAAAUGUCACAUGAACAGAAAAGAUGAAAGGAAAACCUGGAAAGAUCACCUUAUAGGUACACCAGCAAUUAAAGAUUUUGCUUCAAAAUCUGAGAAGCAGAAUGAGACCAUUGCAAAAGGUAGCAAAACUGAACAUAAUAAACAGCUUCAAUGGAAAUCUAAAGAGCUACCUGCAAAAGAACAUGAAGUAUAUGUUAAAGGAACCAUAUCUACAGCUUUACAUAUACCAGGAAGAGAACAAAAUUAUGAAAACCAGCCAGAUUUGUAUAGAUCCUGGUCAUGCCAGAGUAUUUAUCAAAACUAUCCUGACUUACAUAUUGGAGGAGAUCAUGUAGGAGACUAUAUGAGCGACUCAGGUUGCGUUAUGGACCAUAUAAGUGAUGAACUUGUUGAGGGCCCUAUUUUACUGUCAGGAGAUAUUCCAUUAGGCCAUUCCUCUCUAAAUGAGCAUUUUGAAAAAUCAGCUACAAAGUCCUUGAAUGGUGAUGACGGUGGAGAAAGGAGUAUGACGCUCCACAAGCAGCCUCUUUCAAAUUCUGUGCUGAACAACUACAUGGAUACAAAAGUGGAAGAGCUCUAUAAACAGUUUUUUGAAGAAAACCUGACCAGAUGUGGUUCUGUAACAAACCUCUUGACAUCCAGUUUGAUCAUGAAUAACAUAAAUCAGAUAAGCCUUCAGAUCUCCCAAGAACAGAUUAUAGAAACAUCUAAAGCUAGAGAAUUACUCUUACAUUCUCUAGCUUUGUUUAGUUUCCGCAAUGCUGCCAGUGGAAACAGUUCUGAAUUUAGCACUCCAAAUUUACAGUUCUCAAACUCAUUAAACAAGAGAAGGAGCUUCCGGCCACAUUUUAAAUCAUAACUGAACUGUUUAGCUACAGCCUAAUCUUUAGCUGCCAUCUCUUCUUUUUCAGGACUAGUUUGUGAAAUGUAUCGGAAUUAGACACUACUUACUUUUCAAAAUAAAUGUUGACAUUUAAGCCACAUGUUGUGGUGCCAUUCCUUGCUUGUUCCUGGACUGAGGUAAAGACCAUGUGACUUUAUGUUGUUGAAUGUAAUCCAAAUGAUUUUUUCUUACAAAAUCAUAUUGAAUCACAUUUUCAAAGGGGCCUAAGCACAGUUUCUACGGGUAUGUCUAC